CUGGCAAACACUUCGCCAAAAGAUUGAACUCGAGUUUGGGCAGUCUUCAUAACUACCCUGCGAAACUGCGUUGAGGAAAUAGGAGAGAGCGCAGCAGUCUGCAUACAUCGUGAUGGGUCCUCAAUCCGAAGGAGGGCCAUCUGGCGACGGUCGCAACUUCGGUGGUCAAUAUACUGCGUACGAUCCAGCUCGAGAGGCUGUAAAGGAUUAUAAUGGACACGAUGAAGGAAGACGAUAUCAGUCGGAGAGAAAUGUAGAGCAGGACACCACACUUGCGAGACCAAAUGCCUUUGGCAUGGAGAACAGAAUGACCGCAUCGCCAUCAGGUAGUGCGAGUGGCAGAGAAAGAGAUAGAGAUGGUCAACCGCCAAAGACUAGCGGGGAGCGCAAUCGAUCACGGACAAGAAAUGGUAGGACUGCGUCUGGGACAUUGAGGAUCUGCAAGAAGUGCGGUGAACCUCUGACUGGUCAAUUCGUUCGCGCUCUAGGCGGUACUUUCCACUUGGAUUGUUUUCGUUGUCGGGAUUGUGGAGAGAUAGUAGCUUCGAAAUUCUUCCCAGUCGACGAAGAAAAUGGCGAAGGUCAAUAUCCCCUGUGCGAAACCGACUACUUUCGUCGAUUAGAUUUGAUAUGCCAGAAAUGCAAAGGUGCUCUUCGAGGAUCGUAUAUCACAGCUCUCGACAAGAAAUACCACAUCGACCAUUUCACAUGCUCUGUAUGUCCUACAGUAUUUGGCGCCCAGGAUAGUUACUACGAGCACGAUGGUCAGGUCUACUGUCAUUUCCAUUACUCCACGCAGUUUGCACAACGAUGCAAUGGAUGUCAGACGGCGAUUCUCAAGCAAUUCGUGGAGAUUUUUCGAAAUGGUCAAAACCAGCACUGGCACCCUGAGUGUUAUAUGAUUCACAAGUUCUGGAAUGUACGGCUAGCUUCGUCGCAAGAGAGACCCGAAAAUGCGCGUCUACUGGAAGAUGUUACAGAUGAAGAAGGUCGUAACGCUGUCAGAUUGGAGGAAGAAAGAAUGGAAGAUAAGGUUUAUCGAAUCUGGAGUGUUCUUUCGACUUUCGAAGAAUCCUCUGCGGCCUGUAUCUCAGACAUGCUUCUUCAUGUUAGCAACGGUGCUUAUGUCGAUGGGGUUUUGACUGCCAAGAAGUUCAUCUUACAUGUUGACAUCCUCUUCCGCUCUGCAGAUAAGCUCGAUGCGACAAUGGCUAAGCUGGGUCCAAAGGGUCUGUCUUACGCAAGGGAAGCAAAAUUGCUGUGCAAGAAGAUUGUGGCAUUCUUUGCUCUUCUGUCGAAAACCCAGGAAAGCGGCGUUCGAAAGCUCGGUGUUACUCAAGAACUGUUGGCACUUGUUACUGGCCUGGCACAUUAUCUGAAACUCUUGAUUCGGAUAUGUCUUCAAGGGGCUUUGAAGGUUGAGCGAGAACAACAUACAUCUGAUUGUCUCCAUGUAUUUUUGGACGAUUUGGGCGAUAUGGAACUUAUCAAGAACGACGACCGGUCUCUGGAAGCUACCACUGGAACACCUAGCCUUGGAGCCCCCAAUUCUGAUGACUGCGUCACGUGUCGGCGAGAUAUCGAGGAUGAGUGCGCACGUUCUGGUGAGCGAAGAUGGCACCGAAGCUGUUUACAAUGCACGAAUUGUGCACGAGAGCUUGGUCAAAACCUUGAAGAUGCCAGAUGGAGCAACCAAGAUCAACGUGUCUAUUGCAACAACUGCGAAGGCCGGGCUCCUGGUUCUAUUGGCGGUUUUGAGCGUGUCACGAAGCUCCAGCAAUACGUGUUCCUUCUCCGAGUCGCCCUUGCAAGACUCUUGGAUAUGCUACGCAACAGCGGUGCUUUGCCUCAUACUUCCGACGACCCCAACCUGAACGGAUACAAUUCUAGCGAAGGUUAUCGGUUACCAGCAGAUGCUGACCCACCACUUCUCAGAUCAGAUACUCGAUCAAAAUCUUUCGGUGGCAAUGCGGAUGAGAAUCGAAAUUCGUCGACGUACGAAAGUGCUCUGAAUGAUGUUCGUCGCUUGCGAAGUACCCGAAUGGAUAGACACCUCUCGUCAAAUAUCAAGAAGGCAAGAACAUCACGAAUUCUUGAUGGCCCUGAAGGUCGUAGUGCCAGACCAGGAUCUUCGGGAGCUGAUGGGUCAGACUCGAGAGACCCUGGCUUCAAGAUCGUAGAAGAGCGUGAUGGCAACGGAGAGGCUCGAACACAACUUAUGUUCGGUCGCGAAGAUGGAAUCACCUUGGACGAUAUCCCCAGAAUCAUGGCGACUCACCAAGCAAAAGAACAACGCCCUAAUGCUUAUAAGCAUGCUCGAGACCCUUUCAGGAACUCUAUGGGUGCAGAGGCAAAGCUGAUCAAUGGUCAUCAACGCAACAUAUCCAGCGGCAAUGAUCUUGAUCAAGCCACCGGAGAGCCUUCACCCCAGAAGCGCGAAGGCAAGAAGUACUUCUCAGAGCUGUCAGCACUGGAGUACUUCAUUGUCCGCCACGUAGCAGUCAUCACCAUGCAACCGAUGUUGGAAGGGCAUUUCACCAUGGAAGAAUUACUCAACUUGAUCGAGAGCAGAAAGCCAGCGAAUUUCUGGAACAAGAUGGGCAAGGCAUUCAAGGGCAACGAUGGCAAGAAAGGUGGUAAGAAGAAGGGCGUCUUUGGCGUUCCACUUGAUGUGAUCAUCGAUAGAGAUGGUGCAGAUUCAACAGAUGGUAUUGGACCUGGUGCAUUACGAAUCCCUGCCAUUGUUGAUGAUAUUGUCACUACGAUGCGAAAGAUGGAUCUGUCCGUCGAAGGUGUUUUCCGAAAGAACGGCAACAUCAAGCGCCUGAACGAUUCUAUCGCCAUCAUCGACAAGGAAGGUUGCGACGCGGUCGACUUUACCAAGGAAAAUGUUGUGCAGAUUGCUGCUCUACUCAAGAAGUACCUUCGAGAGCUUCCAGAUCCGCUUUUGACCUUCAAGCUUCAUCGACUAUUUAUCGCUUCUCAAAAAAUCGCAGAUGAAGACAAACGACGUCGGGUACUGCAUCUCACCUGUUGCUUGCUACCAAAAGCUCACAGAGAUUGUCUCGAGAUCCUUUGCUCCUUCUUCAAUUGGGUUGCUUCCUUCCAUCAAGUCGAUGAAGAAUCUGGCUCAAAGAUGGAUACGCACAACUUGGCGACUGUCAUUGCUCCUAACAUCCUCUAUACCAAUGCGAAGGGACCGGUCGAUGAUAACUUUCUGGGAAUUGAAGUUGUACACACGCUCAUCGAGUGCAAUGAGCAAAUGUGUGAAGUACCAGAAGACCUUCAGUCCAUCUUAGGCGAUCAAACACUCUUCAAUAAUCCCAGUGAUAUCACCACCAAAGAGAUCCUUAAGCGAUAUGGCGAUCUGGGAAUGAACGGCGGACCACGACAUGAGGUUCAAACAACUGAAUUGCCUCAUCGUUCGAAGGAUGGCAGUGGUCGUGCUUUAGCUCCCCAGGUCACCCGAGUUGACACAGACCCUUCCCAAGCCUACGCUUGGCAGAAGGAAGCCAGCGUUCGACAUGUGCAGGAACCUUCAGCACCUUAUGGAGGUCCUUCAAACAAUUCCCAGCAACAAUGGCAAGGCCAAGAUCUCGAGCAACCUGCACCGUACGUUCAUCGUAAUGGUACUCCGGAUAGUCAAAAGGAUGCUAGACGAGAAUACCGAAACUCUGGAUGGCGACCACAAAAUGGCUCUGUUGGUGUCACUGGUGCAGGAUGAUUUUGAGUGCACGAACGCUUAAUAUCGAUCAUUCUAUUUUCCACACGACACCUUUUCUACACGGCCCAAUCUUACCUCGAGACCAGGCUCGUUCCACGACCACACUACGACCGAUCUCAUCCUCCCUUGACGACAA